AUGAACGAUCGGUGAGCGCCCCCUACAAUUGUAUUGAAGGCAGUUCAUCAUAGUUUUCCCUUACCCCGCGCACAUACUUAAUCCUUACUGUCCUUUCCUUAGGUCCUACCUAAAAAUGAGUGACUACUCUGUCAGUCGACACGACAGAUUCACUGGCAACCAGUCGUCUGCUAUCCCCGUCAUCUGCAAUGCGGAGGCUACAUGCCAGACGCUGAUGCAUCCAACCCUUCACCUCCCGUGUGCACACCCUCGUCACUCUUUCCAUAACAUUUUCCCUCUGACACCGCAUGUUCCUAAAGUUUCUGCCAAGCCUCGUUGGCACCCUCCUACUAGCGUGCAAAUGGCUAUCUGGUUGGAAAAAUACAUGAUAGGGUUGGCUGCUACGCUUUGGGUUAAACCAUAA